CUGAAGCCCGGGGUGGCCAUGUUCGCCAGGGGAACCCGCCGGCGCCGCUCCGGACGCGGGCCUCCUGAGUCUGAAGACCCUGGCCUCGGGAGGCCAUGCAAUAGCUGUGGGGACCAGUGUCCUGGCUUCCUGGUGCAUGGCUGGAGGAAGAUCUGUCAGCACUGCAAGUGCCCCAGAGAGGCUCACACUGGGAGUGGGGUCCCCGAGGACCUGGAGCAGCUCAUGGCCCGGCUCAUCUCUGACUUCCAGAGGCAUUCUGUCUCAGAUGAUAGCUCUGGCUGUACCUCAGAGGAGUAUACCUGGGUGCCCCCAGGCCUCAAGCCUGAGCAGGUGGACCAGUUUUUCAGCUGUCUGCCAGAGGACAAAGUUCCUUAUGUAAACAGCCUUGGGGAAAGGUACCGUGUUCAACAAUUGCUUCGACAGCUACCCCCACAUGACAGUGAGGCCCAGUAUUGUGCAGCACUAGAAGAAGAGGAAGAGAAGGAACUGAGGCUCUUCAGCCAAAAGCGGAGACGGGAAAACCUGGGACGGGGGGCUGUCCGAGCAUUCCCGGUGUCCAUCACUGGGGCCAUCUGUGAGCAGUGUGGGAAGCAGAUCGGAGGGGGGGAUCUGGCUGUCUUCGCCAGCCGGGCCGGCCAUGGGACCUGUUGGCAUCCCCAGUGCUUCCUCUGCACUACCUGUGGUGAACUACUUGUCGAUCUCAUCUACUUCUACCAGGCUGGGAAGAUCUACUGUGGGCGUCAUCAUGCCGAGUGCCUUCGGCCCCGUUGCCAAGCCUGUGAUGAAAUCAUCUUUGCGGCAGAAUGCACAGAGGCUGAAGGCCGUCACUGGCACAUCCGACACUUUUGCUGCUUUGACUGUGAGGGGCCUCUGGGAGGGCAGCGCUACGUGAUGAGGGGGAGCCGGCCUCACUGUGGGGCCUGCUAUGAGGCCCGGCACACCCAGUACUGCGACAGCUGUGGAGAGCGCAUCGGAAUGGAACAGGGCCAGAUGACGUACGGUGGGCAGCACUGGCACGCAUCUGAGAGCUGCUUCAGUUGCUGCCGCUGUGGGCGGCCCCUGCUGGGCGAGCCCUUCCUACCCAGGCAGGGACAGAUCUUCUGCUCUCGAGCCUGUAGCCUCCCUGCUCCAGCAGAGGCCACAGUGGCCAUGGCGACAGUGGGGGCAACAGCAGUCACCCCACACCCUCUGGUUCCCGACACAACAGCACUCCGAGCCCGCUCCCGGGCAGGCUCCCUGGCAGGCAGAGCAUGCAGCCACUUCUGCCGGGGCGCCCCACAGCGCCACUCCAUGCCUGCGCUGGGCCUCCGACGCCCAGCAGCCUCCGUGGAGGGCCCCGAGUUUUGCCGGCGAGGGGAACUCCGAGUUAGCUUCCGAGAACCCCUGGUGGCCCAAGCCCCACAGCAGAGGGAGCAGCUCCAGGGCCUUCCUCCUCCCCCUCCACACAGCCUUCCAGCCCAGCCCAGUCCGAGAAGGCCACAGCCUCAUCGGCUGCCUCACCGUCGCCACAGUGCCCACUUGGGGUGGGACUUGGCUUGGGUCUCCUCUUCUCUUUCCUCCUCCUCUGACUCAGAGGAGGAUGGCUACUUCCUUGGGGAGCCCAUUCCUUUGCCCCCAGCCCUGCAGAGAGCCACUCUGGGGCCCCAAGGGAAGGAAGGGACAUGGGAAACUUCCCCUGGGCCUCCCAGGCAGGCUCUGAGCCAGGGCUGCCACCCAGACAGGGACAGGAACUGCAUUGUGGCCUGAGGCCUGGCUGGGCUCACACAUGCCCCUACCAAGAAGGCCUUGUGCAGACUCGUUCUCCUCCUCCCUCUCCGCCUCAUUGUCCCCAACAGUUGGGGUUGAAGCGGAUGCUGGGUCAAGUUCUCUGUAUCCCUCUUCUGCCACACUGGGGUCUGCAUUCUGGCUGCCCAGCCCUCUUGCUCCCCACCCCCACCCCAGUACCUCUAGAAUGUUCUACUCCAUGCUAUCCUUUGCAGGCUGGUGGCUCUGCCCAUUAAAAGGAUUAUUGUCACGUG